CACAGCUGCUCCAUCGCCCAUGCCAAGAUAGACCAAGACUCAUCAUGUCAGAAGUCUUCUCGAUCGCCUCGAGUAGAGAGGAGGACGAGGAUGACCUAUUCGGCUCGAGCGGCAAUGCCGCAGCUUCUUCAUCUCGGGCGGGAAGAACACCUACUCGAAAACGUAAUGCUGAGAGCGCUCAGCUUUCCGAAAACUCGCCAGCUCAUCCCCUACGAAGAUCCUUGAUCAAGGCGCAGAUCGGCAACACAUCGCUUGAAGCCAAAAUAUUCGCUCUCGAACAGCGAUUGAAGAGGAGGGAUGAAGAGCUCGAUACGAACCGGCAAGAGACGGAUAAGUUGAUGCAGGAUCGAAGGAAUCUCAAUAGAGGUUACGAGUCGGCCAUAGCAGCUAGAGAUCAGGCUAGACAAGAGCUGGAAGCCGAGAAGACACAAGCAAGCAGGAACCUCGAGCAACAAAACACCCAGAGGAGACAACUCGAAGACCAAAACAUCUCCCUUCGCGAUGAGCUCGCCAGUCUAGGCCGGACUCAUGCACAAACAGUCAGCCAAUCCCGAUCCGAAAAAGAGCUCUUGCAGCAUCAGAUCGAUCGGCUAGAGGAGGAGCGGGAUAGCCUCAUUCAUAUGCGUCAACAAGCGCAUCAGCUCAGUGAGACUUUGGAGAGGAAAGAGCGCGAGCUGGAAGACGUGCGGACGAUCCUAGCAGGGGAACGUGAGAGGUCGAAUGACCCGGACUCUCAUGCGGGGACGAGUAGUACCCCUUCAAGCGGGGCCGAGACCGACCUCAAAGCCGAGCUCAAGCGACAAGCAUCCAUGCUCAAUGCGCUCGGGAAGACGAACCACGCGCUUCAGAAGGAGAACACCGAGCUCAGGUUGAGGCGGGAUAAUGUAGAACUGCUGAACAAUGAAGUCAAAGCGUUGGGGAAGAAGGCAAAGGUGGCGGAGAACAAGUUGGCCGUUUGUCAAGAAGCUCUGGACCGAGCGCGGAAAGAUAUGGACAUGUUGACGAUCAACGUCCCGCUGUCUGCUGGGAAUACCUCUGAGGAUCACACCACCACGUCUAGCACGGAAUACCUUUCCUUGCAGCAUCGACUAUCGCAACUCUCAGCAGCCCAUUCGCUAUGUGGUCAGACGAUCUCCGCCAAGCAGAGCACGAUUCUGGACUAUUCGAACCGCCUGGAACAGAUUAGCAGGGAAACCGCUAUCACCCUGGACGAGCUGCAAAAACGCGCAGAGACGGCCGAGCGCGAAUUGAGGUGGGCCAGCGAGGGAAGACAGAGUGCGGAGAAGCGAUUAAGAUUGGCAAGGGAAGAAUUGGAGGUCUUGCGCUCGAGCAAGACUCCCGCUUCCACCGGAGCCGUUUCAUCAUCUACAACAGAGGACGCGACGGAACUCCGGCGGCAGAUCGCGCUCUACAGGAAGGCGAUCGAUGAUUACCAGGAGGAUAACCGCGAUAAUCAGGCCAAGGCCAUCCUGGACCUCGAUCUGGUCAAGAGGGCAGAUCUCACGGCUGCACUCGACAAGUGCAAAGCGUUGGAACAAGAAUUGGACGCGUUGAAGCAAACCAUUACUCAGCACGAGGAGCGUUACGAAGACGUCCGCGGAGCCGCGGAAGACAUGGAACUUCGGCUCGGGUCCGGAGAGUACAAUACCAAAGUCUGGCGAGCAGUCGAACUCAGCGGGAGCCCCGCUGCCAAGGACUAUGCCAUCAGGAAAGAAACGCUCGAGAAGCUCAAACAGGAGAACGAGGCCUUGAUUGCCAAGGUGACGGAUAUGCAACGUGCUGGGGCAUCGUCUUCUGGAGGUAGUACAGAGAAGACGGUACCGAUCGAGGUGUUUGAGCGUCUAAGAGAGGAGCAGGAGGCAGAAAAGGCGUUGCAUGAGAAGCGGUUGCUGCGAUUGCGUGAGGCCUUUGCUGCUCGCUCCAAAGAGUUUCUCGAGUCUGUCCAAUCUCUGCUCGGUUGGCGGGUCCGUUUCGGCGAGAACGGCUCAGACGUCCGGCUCGAAUCGAUGUACGCAGCCAAGAGCGGCAAGAUGGGUCUCCGGCUUGUCUUCAAGAGCGAGGGGGGCCAUUUCGGGACGAUGAAGAUGAUGGGUGGGAUGGGAAAGAAUCUGGAACACGUCAAGGAGUAUUGGGUGUUGCAGCGGCAGAGCAUUCCCGGCUUCCUGGCUCAGGUGACUCUGGAGGCUUUCGAAAAGACUACGAUCGGACGGCUUGCGGGUUAUGCAGGCAACGAGGAUGUCGAAGAAGACGACGAAUGAUUACGACCUGCUUAUGAUAUGCAUGACUAUUUAUACUGUGCCAGACCUGUUGAUCUGCUUCAAACCAGGCGAGGCGGCGUAUGCCAUGUUUGUCGAUGUGGUAAUGCGGCGAAAGGAUCGCUUGUACUAGAUACAUGGAACAGAGAAUUUGAAAGUGUAGCCUAUGGCUAUCUAAACUCGCCUUACAUCUCUCCGCACUCUACGAUCUGCACCCUCAACUUCGGUCUAUCAUUGACACCAGUCGGUACGGCUUCGAUCUUUCGUACGCUCAACAUGCUCUGUCCGUCUGGCACUAUUCGGCCGAAAACCACGUGCUUGCCAUCCAAGAAAGACGUCUCUGUCGUCGUA